AUGCUAGGCGUUGAUCGUCUUGAUAUGAUUAAAGGAAUUCCCCAAAAGAUAUUGGCGUUUGAAGAGUUCCUUGAGGAAAAUCCAGAGUGGCGGGAUAAAGUAGUUUUGCUGCAAAUUGCUGUGCCAACAAGAACAGAUGUUCCUGAAUAUCAAAAGCUUUCAAGUCAGGUUCAUGAGAUUGUCGGGCGCAUCAAUGGGAGAUUUGGGACUCUCACUGCUGUUCCAAUACAUCAUCUGAUGGCUAAUGCAUUUUCUUCUCUUUUCCAGGAUCGGUCUCUUGACUUUCAUGCAUUGUGUGCACUAUAUGCUGUAACUGAUGUGGCACUUAUCACUUCUUUAAGAGAUGGAAUGAAUCUUGUAAGCUAUGAGUUUGUUGCCUGCCAAGCUUCCAAGAAAGGGGUGCUCAUUCUAAGUGAGGUGGAAAUGGUUGAUCAGCUGCAAGGUUCCCUUUGCAUUGGCAUACAAUGCCAGCUUAUGUGUAUUAUUCCAGAUAUAGUCUCUAGCUUCUGUGCAGCUCAGUCUCUUGGCGCUGGAGCUCUCUUGGUGAAUCCAUGGAAUAUUGCAGAAGUUGCUGCUUCAAUUAGUCAGGCUUUGAAUAUGCCAGCUGAUGAAAGAGAAAAAAUGCACCAGCAUAACUUCAUGCAUGUGACCACACACACAUCACAAGAGUGGGCUGCAACUUUUGUAAGUGAACUAAAUGAUACCAUUAUUGAAGCUCAACUAAGGACAAGACAAGUUCCCUUACUUCCCGUCAAAGUUGCAGUUGAAAGAUACUUGCAAUCUAACAAUCGAUUGAUUAUGCUGGGUUUCAAUGCAACAUUAACUGAACCAUCAAGCACUCAAGGAGUGAGAGGCGGUCAUAUUAGAGAGCUGCAAUCUAAACUGCACCCGGAAUUAAAAGAAACUUUGAAAAAACUUUGUGAUGAUCAAAGAACAACCAUUGUUAUCCUCAGUGGAAGCGAUAGAGCUAUCCUGGAUGAUAACUUUGGAGAAUACAAUUUGUGGUUGGCAGCAGAAAACGGGAUGUUUUUACGCCAUACUGCAGGAGAAUGGAUGACAACAAUGCCAGAAAAUUUGAAUAUGGAUUGGGUCGACAGUGUUAAGCAUGUUUUCGAGUAUUUUACAGAAAGAACACCUGGAUCUCAUUUUGAAGUUCGUGAAACUUCACUUGUAUGGAAUUACAAGUAUGCAGAGAGUCAUUUUGGAAAGCUUCAAUCAAAGGAUAUGCUGCAGCAUCUCUGGACUGGCCCUAUCUCAAAUGCAGCUGUUGAUGUUGUCCAAGGUGAUCGAUCUGUUGAGGUCCGCUCUGUUGGGGUGACAAAGGGAGCAGCAAUUGAUCGUAUUUUAGGGGAAAUAGUUCAUUACAAGGGCAUGAAGUCACCGAUUGAUUAUGUACUCUGUGUUGGGCACUUUCUAACCAAGGAUGAAGAUGUCUAUACAUUUUUUGAGCCAGAGCUUCCUGGUGAAUCACUAGCCUUAGCACGAACCAGUUCACUAGAUCCUGCGAGGACGUUUGUUUCAAAGAUGUCAGACAGUGCAUGCCAAACCAAGUCUCCGCUAAGGAAACAACGCUCCUUGUCAACUUUGGAAAGGAGCAAUUAUCGAAGUGCUGCUUGGCGGCCUAUAAUUCAUGAUAGAAUGUCAUUGCCUGAGGGUUCAUCAGUACUUGAUCUCAAGGCUGCGAAUUUCUUCUCUUGCACUGUUUCCCGGAAGCAAUCAGAUGCUCGAUAUCUACUUCAAUCAUCAGAUGAUGUUAUCCCACUUUUAAAAGAGCUGGCAGAAUCUAUAUCAUCAAAUUGA